AUGCAGAACAAUCUCCUCAGCUACCGCGUCGACUCCUUCACCACUCACUUCAAAUCCAUAACAGUGCUGGCCGACAUCGUGGCCUACUACAAUUAUUUCAUCGGCACCGUGCCUGCGCUCGGCCCGUUGCUGCUCUCUCUGGACGUGCGAGGAAACUUCCUCACAGACUUGCCCACAGCGAGCUACACGUGGUGUGGCUGUGCCGGGAACUGCAUGGCGGCCGCGACAGCGGCCGCAAAGUGCAUCAGCGGCGGCUCGGGUCAGCGGCCUGCAGCCGACUGUGCCCCCUGUGGCACUACGAACGCUGUGGGGCCUUUCUGCACGUCAGGCGGAGUGUGCACGGUGGACGCGAGUGCACGCAUCACUGCCGGCACUCUGAACCUGCCGGCGCAGCCCGCGCUGCCCAUGACAUGCUCGCUCCUCAUGGAUCCAGUGGAUUGUGCGUCCUCCUCACCCCGUGCUCCUCACCCCGUGCUCCUCACCCUGUGCUCCUCACCCCGUGCUCCUCACCCCGUGCUCCUCACCCCAUGCUCCUCACCCCGUGCUCCUCACCCCGUGCUCCUCACCCCGUGCUCCUCACCCCGUGCUCCUCACCCCGUGCUCCUCACCCCGUGCUCCUCACCCCGUGCUCCUCACCCCGUGCUCCUCACCCCGUGCUCCUCACCCCGUGCUCCUCACCCCGUGCUCCUCACCCCGUGCUCCUCACCCCGUGCUCCUCAUCCCAUGCUCCUCACCCCGUGCUCCUCACCCCGUGCUCCUCACCCCGUGCUCCUCACCCCGUGCUCCUCACCCCGUGCUCCUCACCCCGUGCUCCUCACCCUGUGCUCCUCACCCCGUGCUCCUCACCCCGUGCUCCUCACCCCGUGCUCCUCACCCCGUGCUCCUCACCCCGUGCUCCUCACCCCGUGCUCCUCACCCCGUGCUCCUCACCCCGUGCUCCUCACCUCGUGCUCCUCACCCCGUGCUCCUCACCCCGUGCUCCUCACCCCAUGCUCCUCACCCCGUGCUCCUCACCCCAUGCUCCUCACCCCGUGCUCCUCACCCCAUGCUCCUCACCCCGUGCUCCUCACCCCGUGCUCAUCCACUUCAUCCCUCCACUGUCCCCAGCACCACACUGUGUGCAUUCCCACUUCCCACCUCUACUCUCUCCUCCUCGCAUAA